UUCUAAGAAUAUAUUAUCAAAAUUGUAUAAAUAUUUGUAAUAAUUACAACCCAAGCUCAUUCUGAAUACGUACCCUACAUUCACAUUUCUGGAGAGCACCAAAUACGUCCCAAGAGCUACAUUUUUUUUGCAGUUUUAGUUUUCGCAAAUCCACCAGAGGCCGCUGUGUAUGCUUUUUGAGAUCUCAAAUUUCUUUCGCGAAUGCCAUUCGUGCCUGCUCCACUCGCGUAAAUCCACAAGAGGCCACUGUCGACUGAAUGAUUUAACCGACUGACCGAUCCUUCUACCCACCCCCUUCCCUAAACCCAACCAAUAGUGUUUUAAAAAGCACCAAUUGACCUGCCCACCGUCUUCCCUAAACUCAACCAACAGUGUUUUAAAAAACAAAGCAGAAAAAAAAGCCCUCACGGCAGCCUUAUUUUUACUACGUUUUCAUAUUUUACCACAUUCUCACCCUGUUAUUUACUUGUUUAUUUUAAUUUUGUUGCUUCUGUUUUUGUCCUACCUGCCUUCUGGAACUGUUCUUCGGUGGACACGAACUCCGCCGUCACCACAGUCAACUCCGCUUUGUGCCUCAAAUCCUCCAACGUAUGCAACGAGCACUGGACAAACUGGUAACAGCGGGAAAGCCAUCCAUACGGAGGCGUCGUCUCUGUUUCCUGCCCAACGUGUUGUAUGUGUGUGAGAGCUGAACAAAGCUGCGCUUGUUUACGUCAGGGUAAUUGGUCAUGGACGGGUCAUUACCUGCAGCGAGAAAAGCGGAGACGAAUGAAAAAGUGUAGCGACAAUUCGUCCAUCUGACUGACUGUUCAGGGAAGUCGCAGGACAAGGAUAAUAACCGCUCCUGUUAAUUGUGGGUUUUGGUGGAGGAGACACAAGGCCCGGUCUGAUCCGACACAGUCUAGAAGAGCGAGAACGGGGUAGAGAUUCAGAUCAAGAAUCUGAAAAUCUCCCUGUCAGAAGGAAAUGACUGAAGUAUCAUAGAGAGCCGGACACCAAAAGACAUGUACUUUCUGGAUGACAUUAAGGUGGAUGUGGUGUUGCUUCAAGAUCAUCAUGCCUGAGACCACACAGAUGAGGACCAGAUAAAACUUCUUGUUGCACUCAACACCGCGUUUGUGAGAAGAAAGAAAAAGAGAAGAAACCACAACCGAGCUUCAUCAGUUCUCUCCUAUAUCGCCACAACACCAGCUCCAGAGAAAACCCAACCCCGGAAAGAAAAGCUUCAAAAUGGAGGGAUGGAAAUCAGCAGAGGACGAGUGCCGAGAAAACAAAGAAACGGAGGAAUAACGCAGAGAAGGAAAAAGAGAGAGGCAGGCAGAAGAAGAUCUGCCGAUGUAUAUAUAGGCCAUGGGUACCUGGACACGAAAAGCAGAAUCACAAGAUCAAAUGCUCAAUCAAAACUCUUUAAAAUCCUGAAUCAAUAUUGGAGUUACUUUUGCACGCUGGAGGAAGGACGACACCAUGGCUGAAGUAUUUCUUUUAAACAGGUCCGCUAGAUGGAGGAUUGGAAGAGGAAGAGGAGGAGUGCAUCUCAGAUGCAAAUGAACUCACAGCUAAAGAGGAGUUUUCAGCGGAGGAAAACUUUCCUGCUGACUUUGAGCCAGACAACCUCACCUGUGAGGACAUGGAAUACUUCUGCGGAAAAGGAGAGGAAAAUGGCAACAGAGAAAUGGGAGAGACAGAGAUGGAAACUGACGGCGAGAAGACCCGACACCCCCCUCUGGAGCCAGAGGAAUGGGACGGUCCAAGAGAACUGGACCUAUUCAACAAAGAUGGAGAACGGCGGAUUCACAGCCGCCAGCAGCUUCCUGUAGGAACCACAUGGGGGCCUUUCGAGGGCAAAAUUGAGCUGAACACAGACGCACAGAAGACGAAGCCUCAUGUCCCACUGGUGCUGAAUGCAGGCCCCAGGUGGCUGCUGGAUGUGACUUGGCAGGGAACAGACGACAACAAGAACAACUGUGUGGUUUACAGCAAAGGUGGACAGUUGUGGUGCACCACAACCAAGAACAUGAUGGAAGGAGAGGAGCUGGUGGCUUUCGCAGUGGACUUUGACUCUCGAUUGCAGGCGGUCAAUCACAUGUCUCUCGGUGAGGGCAUGUACCCAGCACGUCUCCUGGACACCAUCCAGCUCCUGCCCCAGCAAGCUGCCAUGGCCUCCAUAUUACCUACAGCUAUAGUCAACAAGGACAUCUUUCCCUGUAAAGCAUGUGGGAUAUGGUACAGGAGUGAGAGAAACCUUCAGGCCCACCUGAUGUAUUACUGCAGUGGGCGGCAGAGAGAGCCUGACAACAUCCCUGAAGAGACUGACGCCAUUUCCCAUCAAACUCCCAAUAUAUGCCCUUUUCCACAAUGCAACAAGAGCUUCAGCAACCCUCGUGCUCUGGAGAUGCACUUGAGCUCCCACAGCAGCGUCAAAAUGGAGGAGUCCCUUCCCCCUGGCACCAGCUUGAAAUGCACAAUCUGUAACUUCACAGCAGAUUCGCUCCUUACAUUCCAGCACCACAUCCUUUCACACCUGUCACAGGCAGCCUUUAGAUGCAAUCACUGCCACAUCAGCUUCCAGAACCACAGGGAACUGCUGCAGCAUCAAGACUUACAUGGACACACUGGGAAGAUUCACAGAGAGAGUGACAGUGAAAACUCCCCAAGAGGAGGAGAGGAUAGUCUGCAGGCGGCAAGAGUGGAACUGUCAGGCAGGAAGGAUAUAGUCAUGCAAAGUCCCAAGAAUACACCCAACAAGGCCAACAGUCCUGAUGGAGAACUUGAAAGACCCGAGAAAAAACCUACUCUGGGACUCCAAAAGGGGGACAGUCACCCAGGAAGCAAGGCAAGUUUCUCUUACACUAGAAUCAAGUCAGAACCCUCUAGUCCACGGCUGGCGUCCUCUCCUGUCCAGCACAACAUGGGCCCCACCUUCCCCAUGGGUCCAUUCUUGUCGCAGUUUGCAUUCUCCCAAGACAUUUCUGUGGUACCACAGGCAUCUGAGAUUCUAGCAAAAAUGUCAGAGCUAGUGCAUCGUAGGCUACGCCAUGGAGGGAACAGCUACCCUCCCGUCAUCUACAGUCCUCUAAUGCCCAAAGGAGCAACUUGCUUUGAAUGCAACAUCACCUUCAAUAAUCUAGAUAACUACUUAGUUCACAAGAAGCACUAUUGCAACAGUCGCUGGCAGCACAUGACAAAGUCCCCAGAUUUCUCAAGUGUUCCUGACAAGGUUUCUGAUGCCAUAAGUCCAAACAGUGGCCACACGUCAGUUGGUAUGCUCCCAGGAUGCCUUUCAUCAGAUACUGACAGUCAUCUUGUGACAACAGCUUGUUUGAAUUCAUCCGUUUUGGAUAUUAUGAAUGCUGGAGGGAAAGUGCCUGAAAAAGAACUUACUGGGCAAGUAAAGAAGGUUACUACACCAACAGGAGUUGAGGAGAGGCUUGGCGGUAAGCAGCCUGAGGUUAAGAGUCCCAGCACAUCAUUGGUGGAUGGUGACAGUGACCCAAACAAGACAACCUGUGAAGCAUGUAACAUCACUUUCAGCCGACACGAAACGUACAUGGUUCACAAGCAGUACUACUGCGCCACUCGCCACGACCCACCCAUGAAACGCAUGUCCGCAAAGGUACCUGCCAUGCAGCGGACCAUGAGAACACGCAAGCGGAGGAAGAUGUAUGAGAUGUGUUUACCUGAAGACCAACGACAGCCCAUGGGGCCACAGCCAGGAUUUUUGGGUCUGCCCACACUAGGAAAUCCCUGUACAUCCCAGGAGACGGUAGAAAAUCUGGCUGACCGCUUCCACCCACGAUGUGACAUCUUUCCAGGCCUUGUCCCAAAACACUUAGAUGCUUCUCUUACUAUCACCAAGUCCAUCCUAGCCCCAAAAGGAAACACAAUCGCAGAUCCACAGGAACUAGAUGCUCCGAUAGAUCUCAGCAAAAAGUGUUCACCGCUUCCUGACAAAUCGUGCAACUCCCCCAAAAGACUCCUGGACUAUCACGAAUGUACCGUGUGCAAGAUCAGUUUUAACAAAGUGGAGAAUUACCUCGCUCAUAAACAGAACUUUUGCCCUGUCACAGCUGCUCAUGGUGAAGUUGGCAAUCUGGAGCAGCCCAUAUUUCCGGGCAUGAAGACUGAAGGAAAUAAUACGGAUGACGUCUAUGACAAGAGUUCUGUGAAAUGUGAGAAAAAUGGGGGCAACAAAUUGAUGCAAAAUGGAGGCAUGUUCCCACCACACCUCGGCCCAGCAGCGGAUCUGAAAGCUUUCGCUGAUGCACAGCUAAUGUCCUCGAAAGAUGAGAACAAGAACAUGUUUUUGCCUCACUCUCUCUAUCCUGGAGCAAUAAAGAAGGUGAAAGGUACCGAGCAAAUAUCACCGUAUUUUGGGAUAAAGAGCGGCGACUACAUGGCAGGGAGUCUCGUUGUGCAGGCUGAGGCAGCCGAACAGGAGCAAAACAGCAAUGGUGCAGGUGAGCCAGGUACAGAACCACUUGCAGCCAAUGGCUGUCCCCAUCCCAACAAAGAUCCACUGCCCCUGUUACCUAAAAAUAGGAGCAUGGUGAUUGUCAAUGGCGGUCAUAAAGAGGAUCGCCAGACACCAGCAACUCCCCAGCAAGAGAAUCAGCCUCACAACACCUCAUCGCCAGAGGAACAAACAAGUCCCACAUGGGGAACCGAGAACCCUCCUGACCCGAACGAGAAUGUAUCACCAACUUCUAAAUCACCCGUGGAAGAAUCUGCACCUGCCGGAAAAGGUAUUAAUGGGUCAGCGUCACCAGCAGGCAGUGGGAAGUACUGCCGCCUCUGUGACAUCCAGUUCAAUAACUUGUCAAACUUUAUCACUCAUAAGAAGUUUUACUGCUCGUCACACGCUGCCGAGCAUGUGAAAUGAAACUGCAGUCUUCUCCCCUUGUUCUCCCCUCUUUUUUGGGUACACGGUUGUGAAAUAGUGCAUCAUGCAGUUUUAUAUACUGCUUGUGGACAAUCAAGAGAAGCUUCUUCUUUCGUUAUUUGAAGACUUAAUGCAAAAUGAUGAAAAAACAAAAAAAUCCAAGUGUAAUAUUGGUGCCACUUUCACCUUUUAUUUAUUUUACAAUCAGUAUUAAUAGGAGUAGUGCUCUUAAUUUAAAUUCAAAGAAAGUUUAUAUCAGAGUUGUUUGUAAUGUUAAUGUAUAGUCAUUCUUGUGUAGCAGACAUAUUGUUUACAAUGUAUGUUAGGUUCAAGGAGAAAAUAGGCACAGGACACAGAACUGAAAAUGCGUUUUAGACCCGACAUUAGCUACUGGAGCACUUGUGUAUUCUUAUUUGCUGGUACAGUUUUUUGUAUAUGUCAAAAUGUCACUCGCAGUAACGAUUCUCUUGACUUCAGCCUUAAAACAGUUUGGAGGGAUAACGCUGCAGCUCAUGUUUUGGCAUAUACUGUACACAUGGCUUUGCAUAUAUAUGUUGCUGUUUGUCUGUGUCUUUUCUUCGACUCAGAAGUGGAUGUUUAAAUGAGGAUGGCAGCAUUCUUGUAUAGUACUUGUAUUUCUGUUUGCUGAUACACCUUGUUCUCCCUUUUUAAAAUUUGCUCUCAGCGCAAUACUUUGUAUAAAACAUAUGGGGGGGAAACAGGAGGUCUGGAACAUUACGGAAAGCAGUAUUAUAAAAGGGGAAGAGCAGCUAUUUCUUACUCCUGGAAAAAAAACGAAUUGUACAAAAAGCAGGUUUAUCAAUGGUGAUUAUUGAAGGGUGGGACGAGACAAGGGAAUACUGUAAAAAAAAUGAUCAUUCCAAUGUCCUUAUGUAAGAAAAAUAUUUCUUAAAAAUGUUGUUGCUAUGCAUGUAUAUGGAUGGAAUAAAAUUCCAGAUCUGUUGGAAAUUUUUAUUUUGAUGUGGUGUCAAUUAAACUUCAAUCCUCAGGAUAAACAGACUCUUUCAUUGUCUUCUUUUAGGA